AUCGAAAGUUGUCAUCGUUUUGUUGUUUCGCAUUUGGAACAUUAGUAUUUUGGAAAAUGUGUUAUAUUUGAAGAAAUAUUGAAUCAUCGUUGCCUAUACUUGUUAGAAAAUAUAAUUGUUUCCCCAAAACUUCCUUCCCUUUUUAUUUUCGACAUUUCAUCUUGCUUCAAAACAAAUAGUGUCAUAAAGCAUAAAUGAAGUUGAUUUCAAUCCUUUAUGAUGUUGAUUUGAAAGAGUUUAAGAAAAUUCAGCCAUUUUCAUUGAAUGCGUUUAAAAAUGGACUGGGUUCACUGUAAUAACUGCUUUUUGUUGCCUGAUAGAGAUAAAUGCUUCUUCUUAACCAGCUGCGGUCAUAUCUAUUGUAGUGAUUGCGAAGCACAAUGUGCUCGGGGGUUAUGCAAACUAUGUGGAAAUCAAUGUUCUUCCUUGGUGUUAUCCUCUUCGAUGAAACCAGAUGUUCAAAUGUAUUUCACGGAUCCUGAUGUUUUGUUAAAGAAGAAGUUGAGAGAAAUUCAUCAGAUUACUGAAUUCCAGAAGAAUCAUAGAGCUAGACUAGCAGCGUACUACAGGAAACAGAAUAUUAAAUUUCGUCAAAUGAGAGAUGACUUUAAGAAGAUUUUAAAAAGCAUUAAGGAUCUUGACAGUGAGAGAGCAAAGCUGGCAAAAGAAAAUGAAUGUUUAAAAAAGUGUCUAAGAAUGCCAAGUGCAAGUUCAAGCUCCAAAUCUUCUAACAAUGCAGCCUUUACUCCAUCAUUUGGCUCCUUUGAAAACACUCCUCCUCCUUAUACACACAUGAAUCCAAUGUUUGCCAAUUUAUUUGGAAAAUUAGACAAUAGUGGCGCGUCAUCAUCAAUGUCAUGCAUGCCUGAAAGAGUGUCUGUUUUUUCACCUCCUACUAAUGGAAAGAUAGGCUCCAUUCCUGAUACUCCUUCAUCUGCAUUUAGAAAAAUGAGGUAA